AUUUGGUAUUGAAUCCCCUCAAGCAGGGUUCUAACUUACGAGGUGGAGAAAUGCUAAUUGGCUAUAUAUUUUGUGUAGACUAGCUGAGCAUAUGUUAUUAUGUAUGAUGUGUUUGUGAAUCAAGUUGCUUUUGUUGUUUUUUCUUUAUUUUUUCAGUGUUGAAAUUUAUCUGAUGCUGACAUCUUUAAUAAACAAUCAACCUGACAGUUAGUCUUUCAUCGGCUUUGCUACUGGUACUAAAACAUCCAUAGAAGUGAAUGCAGUUUUAGCCAAUUCUCCCUGCAUAAUUUAGCUUGGUACUGAAUUGCAACUUUAGAAGUAAGCUUGCUGGUUGUCAAGGACUGGUAGAUGCUCAAAUCUUAUUCGGUGCGUGGAUCUGCUGAGAUUGUGUUCUCAUGGCAUGAUAAUGAGCCAUGGCGCUGAAAUUAGAAUGAAUUUGACAACAUCUAGGAAUUGCAUUCAUGAUAACCGUGGAUCUCAAAAAUUUCCCUGGAUUAUAUAGGACUACCGAUGCCUAUGUUGGCUUUUGAGCUUCAAUUGACUGAGCUGAUAUAAAUCGAUUAAUCCUAAUGCGUCGUUCUCUGAGAUAAUAUAAAUGGCCUUUUGAGCUUCAACUCUCUGGGCCUUUAGUCCAAUGAUUUCGGGUUUUUCUCUGAGCGCGGCCAAUAACUGCUCAAGGUCCAGGUCCGCAGGGCGAUUUGGCAUUGGCUGCACUGUACACCCGCAUGUGCUGACAAGGCAUUUGCUGAUUCGACGAAAGAGCGUCAUCCCAUUGCUGAUCAACGAAUUUCGAUCGAGUAAGAAACCUACACGCGGACAAGAAGAAGCAACUUUCAGGAGCCAAAAUCGAUACAGCAGUGGAAAAGAAUGCUGCUCGAUUCGUUUGUUCCUGUUAGAACUCGCGCCGCGGCAGUAGUAACAUUCGCCAUCGUUUUCAUCUUUCUCUCCUUUUUCGCCGACUCCGCUAAAAACGAUUCUCAGGUGAAAUGCAGUAGAACUUGCGUUGCGGAGAACUGUAAUUCGAUCGGGAUUAGAUACGGAAAGUACUGUGGAGUAGGGUGGACUGGCUGUCCUGGGGAGAAACCAUGUGACGACCUGGACGCCUGUUGCAAGAUUCAUGACGAGUGCGUUGAAAAGAAAGGUUUAAUGAGUAUCAAGUGCCAUGAAAAGUUCAAGAGCUGCAUAAAGAAAGUGAAGAAAUCUGGAAAGGUUGGUUUUUCUCGGGAUUGCCCUUAUGAGACAGCUGUACCUACUAUGGUACAGGGUAUGGAUAUGGCAAUUUUGCUGAGCCAGUUAGGUAGUCCAAAGAUUGAACUCUGAUUUCUCUGUGAAGAGCAUUAGCUGUGCUAUUUUACUCAUUUUUUCACUAAGCAAAAUGACUUCUUUCAAGAAUUAUGGACAUUGGUUUUCUUUCUCCAUGAUUUUUUGUUAGCCUACCAGUUCUGAAUACAGAAAUUAUACUCUAAUUUUUUUCAA